UCGAAAUAUAUAUCUGAGGAGCAGCGCAAUACAUAAUCUAGCCUCACGGUGAACAUCACGUUAUGUGAUUCCUGACUUUAUUUAGCAUUACAACUAAAGAUAACACAAUCACAUCUGACCGUUACGUUGAGUGAAUUUGUACCAGGCGUUUUCGGCCUCUGCGGCGAAAGUGCGGAGGGGUUGUGAUGACAUAUAUAGGUUGACCGAAGCAACGAACAUCAACUCCGCCCCCUCCUUCAUCUCCUUCCCUCUUCCUACUCCCCAUUCGACCCCCACGAUGUCGAGCACCGUCCAAAUAACCUCAAAGGAGCAAUUCAGCUCCCUCCUGACAAAGUCUCGCUUUGUUGUAGCAGACUUCUACGCAGACUGGUGCGGACCAUGCCACGCCAUCGCCCCUGCCUACGAGCAGCUGGCAUCGCAGCUGUCGCGCCCGAACCGAAUCACCUUCACCAAGAUCAACGUUGAUCAGCAGCAGGACAUCGCCAAGGCCUACGGAGUGACAGCCAUGCCCACAUUCAUCGUCUUCGAACGCGGCCGCCCAACCUCAACCGUCAAAGGCGCCGACCCCAAGAAACUCUCCGAAGUAGUCCGCAAACUCGCCUCAGAAGCCAGCAAACCUGACGACGCCGAGGGCGCAAGCGAGGGAAGCUCAGGCGCAGCGUGGAUCGGCGCGGCAGCUCCGAAGGGCUACACCGAUAUCACGGACCAGUACGACCCGAAGGGCCUGGAGCUGCUGAACCGGGACAGCGAGUUCGGGACGGCGAAAACGCUGUUCGACGCGUCGAAGCCGUCGGCGCUGAACAAUGGCAAGGCCAAGGCUGCCGAUUGGGUCGAGAGCGACACCGACGAACAGCUGAUGCUCUUUGUUCCGUUCCAGUCGACGCUGAAGGUGCAUUCGCUGCAGGUGACUUCGCUUCCGCCUGCAGACGGCGACGACGAUGAAGUGCCUAUGCGUCCGCAGACGAUUCAUCUCUACACGAACCGGUCGCAUGUGCUUGGGUUCGAUGAGGCGGAUGAUAUCCCUCCUGUGCAGAUGGUGUCUCUCCAGCCGGAGGAUUGGGAUGCGAAGACGGGCACGGCUAAAAUUGAUUUGCGGUUUGUAAAGUUCCAGAGGGUUACGUCGCUGGUUAUGUUCUUUGUGGAUGGGGAUGGGGACAGUGACAAGCUGCGCGUUGAUCGUAUUCGCAUUUUCGGCGAGGCGGGCGAGAAGAGAGAGAUGGGUAAAUUGGAGAAGAUCGGCGAUGAGCCCGGCGAGUAAUUUAUCGAUAGAGAGCAUUCUGGUGAUUUACAUUGAAUACCUUAGACAGGGACAGGAUUACGAUUGACUAGUAUUGAGUACAAUUCAAAUUUGAAAUUUCCAUUUCCCAUUUCCCAUUUUUCAUUUUUCUUUU